AAUUUGAUGAACAUUUUCUAGCAAGUUCUCUUGUAAAAUUUAGCUGGGGAAGGUCACCUGGUCAUCUCCCCGUCUUCACGUUCCUUGCCACGUUCUCUAGGGUUAAAAUCCCAAGUAUCCCAAUUUCUUAUCUUCUCUGGUUCGCGUAAUCAACAGGACUCUUUCUUCGUAACAGCCGGGGGCAAUUGUUGAGUUGCGGGAAUUAAUAGUAUAUUUUUGGAGUUUAGCACUCCUCACAACUUUCCCAAAUUUAUGAAACGGCGAUAGAUUCUUACUUGCAUUCAGUUCCACUCCUUGGUUGACAUAUAUCGGCCAUGGUUGAACGAAAACUAUAUAAGACGAAGCUCUGCGUACUGUACAAGAGGGGUCACUGUCCACGGCAGAGCUGCUCAUUUGCGCACGGUGAUGCGGAGCUUAGGCGAUUCCACAAUUCAUCAUUUAGUGGCAGGCGGGAUUAUCGAGUUAAUGACUUGAGAGAUAAGCUUGACAGAAGGCAUUCUCCACGAAGAAGGUAUUCCCCAAGGAGAGAUACCAGAGGCAGACAUGCAUUUCAUGGAUACAGUCCUUCUAGAUCCCUUGGGAAAAAGAGAAAACGAUGGAAUAAACAACAAUUGGAUGGCCAAAGCGAUCAUUCAGGAAGUUUGAAAAGCUCAAGUGGGACUGAAGACCAAGCCAGAGAAGAGAAGAAGACGUCCUCUGAUUCUAAAUAUGUUCUUGAGGAACAGUUAAAACAAGUGCUAUUGGAUAUUGACAAGCAUGAAGACCAAAAGGGUCAACUACUGAGUUACCUGGAAGACCGUGGCCAAGAAGUUGACAGUCUUGCUUCUAGAAUUCAGGAGCUCGAGUCGCAGUUGUACAAAGAGAAAGAAGAAUGUAAAAGGAUUACUUCAAAAAUUAAGAAGUUCAUCAAAUCACAUAAUCGUCAUAUACGGAUACAAGAUGCGCUAAAGAGGUCACAAGCCCGGCUUCAGAAGUUGGGAGAUCUGCUUGGCUCAGAUGCUACUGCACCUGGAGUUAAUGGAGAUGAUUCUAGCAUCAAUAUCGUGAGUGAUGGUGAACUUACUGGUAAUCAUGUUAUAGGCCUGCUGAAUGAUCUGCAAAAUGAUGCUUCCCCAAACAAGAAAAGGCAGCAUAUUAACCUGGAGGCUGCUGAAGAAUCAAAACGGGCAAAAUUAACAAAAGAAGGAUACAUGGCGAGAACAAUCAGAUCAGAGAAAUCUUCUCGAUGGAGUGCGCACCAUGUCCAAUCAAAUAGUUACAAUGCAGCUGAGAUAGUACAUGAUGCAAACAAUGGUUGUGGUUCCCUAGCCUAUGAAGGCAAGAAUAAGCAAGGGAAAUAUGUUUUGACUACCAUCCCCUCUGCAGAUAAGUUGAAGGGUCAGGAGUUGGGACCUGUGUUGCCUUUGACCAGCAUGGCUGCUCAUGCUGUUGAUGAAUUUAUUGAUGUGACUGAAGCAGAGGAGAAGAUUGAGGUUGUCGAAACUGCUUCUGCAAGGGCUGAGAAAGGAGCUACAGACAAGAUCCCAUAUUUUCCAUUGCCACUUCCCCCGCUGCCUCCUGUGUCAAAAAAUGCUUAUUCACAGUUUGAGGGUGAUGAAGAAAAUGUGGAUGUGGAAGGGCUUGAGGAGGAGAUGGUAGAUGUGGAUAUUGUUUGAUGCAUUUUGCAUUUAACCAUUGCCUAAGUUUUUUUUAAGCUCACACCCCUGCCCAACUUUUGGUAUAUAGCGUUCAUACUUUUGCUUUGAUGCAAGUUGAUUUCCUGAGAAGAGUCAGCUGUGUAAAGCUUCUGGGUUUUAUAUAUCAAGAUUGAUUUAUGCUUCAGGGCAUCUA